CUGAAUCAUUCGCUUACAGUUAGACCGAUUAAAGCAAUCUCUGAUUCUUUGUACUUGAUUACAAAGAUCAGCUUUAUAACAGAUGAUUGUGCGCAUCAGAAUGAAGAAGAGUGUGGUGGUGCUUGUGAUGAAGAAGAAGAUGUGACGGCGUAAACUCCGCCCAUCAGCCUCCAUCUGAACCGCAGCUCGCACAUCGAGCACAACAUCGCUGUUUUAUCGCUCGGUUUGGGGGCCGAUGCCUGCCAUGCCGCCUCCAUCAGACAUCGUGAAGGUGGCCAUCGAGUGGCCCGGUGCAAAUGCUCAACUCAUUGAAUUUGACCAGAAGAAGCCGCUGGCGUCCAUCAUUAGGGAAGUGUGUGAUGGAUGGUCUCUGUCGGGUUCAGAGCAGUUCGCCCUGCGUUACGCUGACGGGCCACAGCUUUAUAUCACUGAACAGAUCCGCGGUGAUAUUAAAAACGGCACCAUCCUCAGACUGGCCAUCUCUCCUAUGCGAGCGGCUCGACAGCUGCUGGAGCGCAUCCAGUCUCAUGGGAUUGACGCGCGUCUGGAGGCUCUGAAAGAGCUGGCCAAACUCUCUGCUGACCCCACGUUCGCCACAGAGUUCGUCAACAUGGAAGGCCUGGCGACGCUGGCGCGGCUGGUGGAGAGCGGCACGCAUUUUGGAGAGAUGUUGGCCUUCACUCUCACAGCGUUUCUGGAGCUCAUGGAUCAUGGCAUCGUGUCCUGGGAUCUGAUUUCUGUGUCCUUCAUCAAACAGAUCGCGGGAUACGUGAACCAGCCCAUGGUGGACGUGUCCAUUCUGCAGCGCUCACUGGCCAUCCUGGAGAGCAUGGUGCUGAACAGCCACAGCCUGUACCAGCGGGUGGCGCAGGAGACCCCUGUGGCACAGCUCAUCGCACACCUGCAAGUGUCCAAUCAGGAGAUCCAGACGUACGCCAUUGCCCUCAUCAACGCCCUGUUCCUCAAAACCCCAGAGGACAGACGCCAGGAGAUGGCGAGUACACUGGCUCAAAAACACCUCCGUGGCAUCAUACUCAAUCACAUCAUCCGAGGGAAUCGACCGGUCAAAGCUGAAAUGGCACAUCAGCUGUACGUGCUUCAGGUUUUGACCUUCAACCUUCUGGAGGAACGCAUGAUGACCAAAAUGGACCCAAAUGACCAGGCAAGUGAUUGA